AACACAAGCCUAAGGAGACAGACCAUGAGAUCGUCUACGCAAGGCAGCUCGACAUAUCGGACGACUUGAACAUCAUCAAGAAUAAUGACUGACAGAAACAUACCACGGUAGUAAAAAUCCAUGAAUCCUGCACUCCAUGUUCACAGAGGCCAGGGGGGAUAUGGCCCAUGUGUCCAUCCACAGAUGACAGAUAAAUAGGGAGUUCUGGGCAAACACAGAAGACAUUGAGCUGACGGGAGUGACCAGGUACCCAGAACAAAUAAUAUGGGAUGCUCCUGAUGCUGAGUUUCCAAGAUCCCUGGAGGAUCACGGUCCAUGGCAGAUGCUUCUGGAAAGCUAAGGUCAUUCACUGGAAGCUGUCAGCACCACCUUCCAAGGCAGACCCACACGACGCACAACAUGGUCAACACAACUCAGUCUGACACAAACCUGAGUUUGGAACUCCCCAGUGUACCAGGAAACAGCACUCUGGAGGCCACUGAGAUGUGCAACACAUCCUUCACAUCCUUUGAGGACAGCAGGGUGAUCCUCGUGACAGUGUACAGUGUGGUGUGCAUCCUGGGUUUGCCCGCCAACUGCCUCACUGCCUGGCUGACCCUGCUGCAGGUGCUGCGGGGCCACGUGCUGGCCGUCUACCUGUUGUCCCUGGCUCUCUGUGAGCUGCUCUAUAUCAGCACGCUGCCGCUGUGGGUCAUCUACAUCCAGAACAAGCACGAGUGGACCCUGGGCCCGAAAGCCUGCAAAGUGACUGCCUACAUCUUCUUCUGCAACAUCUACGUCAGCAUCCUCUUGCUGUGCUGCAUUUCCUGCGACCGCUACAUGGCAGUGGUCUACCCGCUGGAGAGCCGAGGCCACCGCCACCAGAGGACCGCCGUCAUUGUCUCCCUGUGUGUGUUUUUUCUUGUCGGGCUUGUCUACUAUCCAGUGUUUGACAUGGAAGUGGUGAAGAACUAUUGCUUUGAGCCCCUGAGGAUGAACAGCAGGAUCACCAGCUACCACUACCUGCGUUUCACCUUCGGCUUCGCCCUCCCUCUGGGCAUCAUCGCGUUCACCAACCACCAGAUCUUCAAGAGCGUCAAGCUGAGCGCCAGCCUGAGCGCCGCACAGAAGACCAGGGUGAAGCAGGCAGCCACCGCGGUUGUCGUCAUCUUCCUGGUCUGCUUCGCUCCGUACCACGUGGUACUCCUCGUCGAAGCUGCCGGCUUUUCCUACUACAAAGGCGACAAGGCGGCUGUGUGUGCUUUUGUGAGCAGACUGUACACAGCGUGUGUGGUGUUUCUGUGUCUGUCCACGGUCAACAGUGUGGCCGACCCCAUCAUCUAUGUGCUAGCUACAGACCAUUCUCGGCAAGAAGUGUCCAAAAUCCACACAAAGUGGAAAAGGUGGCCCCAAAAGACAGAUGCCACGCACCUAAAGGACUCGGAGGAGACACGCUCACCCACACCACUUGCAAACAACUAUACCUUCCCCAAAUCUGUGCACCUUCCAGGGCCACGGCCGGAUGAGUUGUGCUCGCCAUGCACCCCAGAGAGGCUGCCUGAGGAAUUCUGCUGAGCCCACUGUACCUCAGGGGAGGGUGCUAACCCUCAAAGAGAGACAGCAAUGUCUUCCUGGUCCUGAGCCACAGGCCGGAGCGUGGGUACCCCCUGGAAGACACACUAUGGACCUCUCUCUGGAGCCACCCACUCUGUGAACCUCUGCUCCUUGGGUGUCCCAGACCUCCAGGCUCUCCCACAUGGAAAGACGCAGUGUGCCAAGGGCAGCAGUCAUGUCCCUAGGCUACCAGGGACCCAGGGAGCACAUGGCAGGCAGAGAGCUCUUUGGCAGCUUUCUGUGGCUGGCUCUCAAUAGCUAUCGGCAGGGUGGUUGGUAGAGCCCUGGGCGAUGACUUUACUUUCUAUGCUGUCUGUGUUGCCCAGUGGCUGCUACAGUGAGUCUUUGGGGCUUUCCACAGAGGUGGAAAUGAACCUCAGCCAGGGUCGUUGGGGUGCCUGGGACUGUGUCACGGCCCAAGAUCUCUAUGGGGCAGGAGUUCAACCUUGAGACUUCCAGCCUUGGCAUCACAGAGGAAGCUGGCUGGGGCUCCCAACAGUGCAGGGGAGGGAAAGCUAGACCCUGCCCCUUAGUUUCCCAACAUUGGAUCACAAGACAUCGCCUCUGAGCUCCAAGUCAAAUCCCAGCUCAGGCAUGAGACUUGUGUAGGCCGAUCACACCCACUUGUUACUGCGUCUGGAGAGUAUGGCCAGGGACACGUACCUCACUGGGUCACCGUUGGGGCUGACCACCCCCCAGACACUUCUCCCUCAGACACUCCCAACACACAUGGAGCAAAAGGGCCAGAGACACUGAACUGAGAGGCCCAGGGCUGCCCCUUAAGGCACACACGUCACAGAAGUUGCACAGGGACGUCAUAUAAAUGACACUCUCACUCAUGUACCUCGACUGUUGACUGUCAUUCUUUACUGUGAGAGGCUUGGGAAAGCUCGU